AUGGCCCUGUGGACACACCUUCUGCCCCUGCUGGCCCUGCUGGCCCUCUGGGGGCCCGACCCUGCACAGGCCUUUGUCAACCAGCACCUCUGCGGCUCUCACCUGGUGGAGGCACUCUACUUGGUGUGUGGGGAGCGUGGCUUCUUCUACACACCCAAGUCCCGCCGAGAGGCAGAGGAGCAGCAGGGGGGCCCAGCGGAGCUGGGCGGGGGCCUCCCGCAGCUCUCAGCUCUGGAGGUGGCCCCGCAGAAGCGCGGCAUCGUGGAGCAGUGCUGCACCAGCAUCUGCUCGCUCUACCAGCUGGAGAACUACUGCAAUUAG